AUGUCAAUCAUCAAGAAAAGGCGUGGUGUACACGAAGGUAGAAUCACUAUCGCCGUUUCAGCUUGUGAGCGUUGGAUUGGCAACGCGAUAACUUGCGGUCUCUUGCGUAACUUGUACGACGAUGAUGACGAAUAUAGAUAUCGAAUUCACGCAACGAGAAGAAGCCGUGGUGAAGAAUGCCAUAUCAUUGCUCUCACUCGUGAUCCUGAUAAUCACUACGUUCGAGAAUUGGAGAAAGAUGGAGCCGAGAUACGUGAGACAGAUUUCCGCAGUAAAGAAUCACUCGACAAAGCUCUUUAUGACGUCGAUUGGUUGGUUUUCGUUGCUGAAAGCAAUAAAGAUCGUAUGGAAGAAGCGAGAAUGAUGGCGAUGUCUGCUAAGAAAAAUGACGUGGGAGGAAUUAUAGUUUGCUCUGUGCUCGGAGUGGAUGAAGGAAAUACACGUACUCAUCGAGAAUUUCAAGAAAUGGAAAGAAUGUGGUGUAACGAAAUGCGAAAUUGUGUAAUGCUAAGAUUAGGUCUUCUUCAACAAACAUUGUUGCUUUGGAGUAGAAUGAUAAAACGAGAACGCAUGUUAAGCAUGACACCCGAUGGGCGACAAGAUAAAUUAGUUCCAGCGAACUUCAAAGAUGUGAUUAAAGCGAUCCUCCACUUUGUCAACGACGACGAAAGAGAAAUCAAAAGACACAGAAUCUACGAUCUAAGUGGCCCUGAUGCUAUCACUCCAAGAGAGAUCGUUCACAUGCUUAGCUAUGCGACCCGUAGAGAUAUCGAAUACGAACAAAUGAAUCGUGAAGAACUCGAAGACUAUUUCAGAAGUCUUAAGGGACGCGACCGAUACACCGAUGAGCUUGAAAUUGAUCGCCGCCGUGGUCGUCGAGGUGAUGAUCGUCAUCGAGGUGAUGAAGCUGCAUUAGAUCCACAUCGAUUCUUACCCAUGAGAGAACCUGAAAUCGAAAUUGUCUGUGAUAUCUUAGAAUUUGCCACGGAAGAAGAUAUGUCUCUCUAUUUGUCCAACGAUUUGCGAAAACUUACUCAUCAAGAACCAAUUCCGAUGUACCAAUACAUUGAAGAAAAUGCCGAAAAAUUCAUGAAAAGAGGAGGAGACAAAGGAGAUCGUCGUCGAAUUCAAAAUUAUUCGGGUCAUUUCAUAUCUCGACUAUAA